GGACGUCCGCGUCGAACUUGAACGUUUUAACACUAGUACUCCAAUAUCAUGGCUCUUCAACCCUCCCUCCGAUCGACAAUUAUUGCGGGCGCGUACGACGCCCCGCACACCCUUGAUAUCUUUCUGGACUACGUCUGCCCAUUCAGCGCAAAGUUAUCGUUUGCAAUCGAUAGCGUUUUGAAGCCCCUGGUGGACGCGGGAGGUUUAUAUCAUGGCAAAGUAAAAGUUAUCAUGAGACUCCAAGUCCAGCCUUGGCAUGCAACUUCAACCUACACUCAUGAAGCUGGACUUUCUGUUGUGCGUGCUGCUCCGGAGAAAUUCUGGGCAUUCUCCCUCGCACUUUUCAAGCAACAGGCCGACUUCUUCGACGGUCCCGCUUCCACUAUGACUCCUCUGCAAAUUCGUGAGAAACUGGCCAGCAUCGCUGCCCAGUUCCUCACAGAGGAGCAGGUAACGAUGUUUAAGGAUCUUCUCAAGUUGAAGCCUACUCCCAAUGGCGGAAUCGGAGUCACGGAUGAUCUCAAAUAUACUAUCAAGUUCGCUCGGCAAAACGGCGUGCAUGUUUCCCCCACCGCUCUCUGGGAUGGUUUGAUUGCCAAUCAAAUAUCUAGCUCUUGGGGAGAAAAAGAGUGGUCCGAAUUUCUUGCUAAGAAUGUUGCUGUCUAGCUGUGAAGAAUUGUAAUCUGCAGGUCAUCAGAAGAAGUUUGAUGUGUAUUCUCGAAUUCAAUGUUUUAUUUUUGCAGAGAAUCAGACGCUUGUCACAAUG